AUGCUUGUUCGUCCUACAACUAGGCCUUUACUUUUGGCUAGACCUUCAGCAACUUUGCUCUUCACGUAUUAUGUUCCACGACGUCGCUUUACUACGAACAACGCUCAGCCUCGGGAAACUCCCAAAUUCCGCUCUGCAUACAGUCUCCUGGUGGCAUCUCUAGCCAGCGGAGCUCUAGGCUAUUUUGUAUCGAGCUGGAAUAAUGCUGAAGCCAUUCCGACUACUCCCAAGUACGGCUCCCCCAAGGAUUAUGAACAAGCCAUCUUAGAGCUUCAGCUUACCUUUGCCGGCCGUGACGAUGUCGUUUCGACCGAUCCGGAGGAUUUGCGGAUACAUGGGCGGUCGGAAUAUGAUUAUCUACCGGAUUGUCUUCAUAGCGUUGUUGUUUAUCCUGAUUCAACAGAAGAUGUCGUCAAGAUAGUCAAAAUUGCGACAAAGUACCGAAUGCCAAUUACACCUUAUUCAGGCGCCACAAACUUAGAGGGCCAUACUCGCGGUCAUUCUUCCGGUGGGAUAUGCAUUGAUCUUUCCGGCAUGAAGAGGAUCAUAGAAAUUCAUGAGGCGGAUUCUGACAUUGUUUGCCAACCUGGCAUCGGCUGGGUCGAAAUCAACGACGAUUUAGCAAGAAAGGGAAUUCCUCUCUUUUUUCCGAUCGACCCUGCUCCUGGUGCAACAAUUGGAGGAAUGCUUAGCACAGGAUGCUCCGGAACGAACGCUGUUCGAUACGGCACGAGCAAGGGAGAAUGGUUUCUUAAUGCCACCGUCGUGUUGCCUUCCGGAGAGGUCAUAAAGACGAGAAGACGAUCUAGGAAGUCUUCUGCUGGGUUUGAUACUACAAAGUUAUUCAUUGGUGCCGAAGGGACAUUAGGCAUCGUCACCGAAGUCACAAUCCGACUGGCCCCUGUUCUGCCAACCAGUGUCGCUGUAGUUCAGUUUCCUGACGUAAGAAAAGCAACAGAAGCCGUCAGAGAAAUCAUAAACCAGGGGGUUGGAAUACAAUGCAUAGAAUUGGUAGAUGCAGAGUUCAUGCGGGCCACAAAUAUCUAUGGCCAGUCCAGACGUAAGUGGCCGGAGAAGGACGGACUUUUCAUCAAGUUGCAGGGGCAUACGCAACAGUCCAUCAUGGAUAGCGCUAAGGUGGUCAAGAAGCUUGCGGAAAAACAUGGCGGGACGGGUUUUGAGUUUGCAAAAAAUGGGAAGGAGGCGGCGGACCUUUGGGAUGAUAGGAAAAACGCACACUUUGCCGGUCUAUCAUUGGUUCCAGGGGCUAAGGGAUGGGCAACGGACGUAUGUGUACCCGUGUCGAAAUUGCCGGACCUCGUAUAUCAAACUAAGGAAGACCUCAAGAACCUUGGACUUGUCACUACUAUAGUCGGGCACGUUGGGGACGGAAAUUUCCAUGCUUUGAUCCUCUUCAAUAAUGAGGAAGAGCAGGCUAAGACAAAGCAAGCGGUCAGUCGGAUGGUUAAGAGAGCUAUUGCGCUCGAUGGAACAUGUACUGGAGAACAUGGCGUUGGGAUUGGCAAGAAGGACUACCUCAUAGAAGAACUUGGAGAAGGGACAGUAGAACUAAUGAAGACCAUCAAGCGGGCCAUCGAUCCUCUAGGGCUUUUCAACCCCGGAAAGUUGUACCCUGAUACUCCCACAAAAGACAAAGGAAAUAACAAUUAG